ACUGCUGUUAAUACUGAGCUAGCCAGUUUGUAGCGCUGCCAGUGGAAACCGUGGAAGAAAAUAGUCAGGUGUAGGUUGCCAGUCUAUAGACUUGGCCCACAAUCGUAACUCUGUGAAGCGGGGCGUUAGUCCCUUAAACCCCGUUUGAGAUGGCAGAAUAUAGCCAAACGGGUAUCUUGACGGCGCUUCUGCUGUUCACUGUUGUCACUGUAAAAGACGUUUACGUCGGGAGGUCCAUGAUGACUCAACACCCAGCGCAGGCCUCUGACAGCCUGAAUAUGGGGGCUGACCGUUUGCGGGAUGCCGACCCACAGAGGCUCAGCAAGCAGACCCUCUACACUGGGCCAGUGCUGAAAUUCCAGUUUUGCAUCUCCUGAGGGUAUAGCAAGGUGUUCCAGGAGUACUCCCGGUCCAUCAGCCAGUUGUACCCGGAUAUCCGCAUAGAAGGAGAAAAUUACCCUCCCACAACCAUUAACAAAUAUCUCGGAAAUAUUUUUUCCUACUUCAAACUUCUUGCCAUUGCCCUGGUUGUCAGUGGACAAAAUCCCUUCCCUAUGCUUGGACUGGAGACUCCCAGAGCAUGGACGUGGACUCAAGAAAAUAAGAUAUUUUCGUGCCUGAUGACAUUCUUCCUCAGUAACAUGUUGGAGACCCACUUCUUGUCCACCGGUGCAUUUGAAAUCACACUAAAUGAUGUACCAAUCUGGUCCAAGCUGCAGUCAGGAUACGUACCCAACAUCCAGGAGAUCUUCCAAAUCCUUGAUAAUCACAUUAAGAUGAAUCAAGUUGACAAGCUCUCCUUCCCAUCUCCGUAGUGCUGACAUUUAAGAAGAUUAGUAGGUCUCUGGAGCAGUUGAUCAGGUCAGUGGGACUGCAUUGUGGUGUAAUGAAGGCUUGGUCUGCAAACGGCUUGCUGUGAGGCCAGGCUGGAUGUCCCUGCCACUGAUCACACUUCCUCUGCCCUGGGAAACGCUCCCGUGUCCUCGAUCUAAACAAAAAAUAAGCACGCCACUAGCUGGCUUGGAUGAGAAGAUCCUGUCAUAUACUAGAUAGAUGUUUUAUGAGAGAAUAGUCCUAUAAGUGGUUUAGUUAAAGAAGGCUAAUGGUUUGCACUGCUGUCGUACCAAGUGCUUUUGUAAUGGGGUGGUUGUUUUUUCAGUUAGCCGUUCUGUGUCAAGUCUCCCUUGACUGUCUGAACCUUUACAUUGGGGACACUGGGGGGAUGGCUUGUUCUGUCCUGCUUGAGUUGACAAAAUCAGUUCUGUUUGAAAUGCUUAAUCUUUGAAUGUGAUUUCUUUCUUUACAACUAUAUUUCAGGUGUUAUCCAUGAUUGAAAUUGUUUUUUGGGGGAAAAAAUUAAUCUGAGAUUGAAAAAGGAGGGCUAAUUGCUCACUGCUACUUUUAAUGGUAAUUCUGUCUGAUGGAUCUUCUAGUGGAGAUGCUUGAUGUGUUUUCUGAGGACAAUGAAUUGUCCCACCAGCUUGCUGAUAAUGUAAAAGUAGCACAGAAGAAAGUUAAGCUGUACGUGCCCAGCUUCCUAACAAUUCAAAGUAGUGGAUAUUGUGCAACACAACAGCUAUAUUGUAUCUUCAUGAACUUGUGAAAGGAAUGGCUAAAGAAAGCACUGCUAGCUCAAUGAAAUGGUGUUAUGUAAAGAUCCCUCUCACUCAAUUUGACUUUGUCAACCACUCCUAAGUCGUGUGAAAAAGCACCCUUUGUUCUUGUAUCUGUGUAUGAAAUCAGAUGGUGUGGCUAAAACUCAAGGAUUAAAGCUGAAUAAAAUGUCUUGUCUUAAAGUAAUAAACAUUCUGAGAGGUUUCACUCA